AUAAAGUAAGGCGCUAUAGCUUCCGCGCACGUCAUUCCCGAUCGAGCACAGCGUAUACGCGGCCGUGUAUUGCCGCUCUUUUUGACAUUUUUUUUUAUUGUCAUUUACUUUUUAUUUGUGCAUCUGUUUUGCGGCCAGCACAUUUAAUAUGAAGCGGUUUUUACUUGUGUUUAUAUUAGCCAUUGGGGUGAGCGACGCGCGUUGGCUGCGACGUGGUAAAUCUAGCCAGCCACAAGAAACAAGCUUCAUCGGAGAAGCUACAAAUCUGAUAUCGACUGCUCUCUUGCAGGACAACAUCGAUAGUGAAAAUGACGUCGCAUUUUCUCCACUUGGUUAUUCGGCCAUUCUGGCUAUAUUAGCGGAAGGUGCAAGUGGGGAAACCAAAGAACAAAUAAUGACAGCACUACAUUUACCCAAUGAUCAAAAACUGAUACGAACUACUUAUCGCUACAUUUUGAAGAGAUUAAGGUAUACUAAUAAAUUCGAACAAAACAAACCGGAGCUCCAGAAUUAUUUUUAUGUUUACAAAAAUUAUUCUAUCAAUAAUGAUUACAAAAAAAUAUUAGAGGAAUACUAUUUGACUGAUGUGAAAUCUGUAGAAAGACACACAGAUUAUAUUCCUGAUGAUGACGAUGAUGACGAUUACAGUACUGAUACAAAAGUUGAAAAUCAAAGCAAUAUUAAAGCUACUGAACAUCCAAAAGAACAGAACGAUGAUGAUAAACCACACAAAAUAAAUUUGGCUAAUAUAAAUUAUAAGCCAGCUAAAAACAUAAAGGAGCAGAUAAAGCUUGUCAAAACCGAAUCAACUAAUGACAAAUUUGAUAGCGACGAAGAAACAAUGGUUGCAGAUGAAGCUAGAAACCAUAUAAGAAAAGAGCGAAAGCUUACCCUGGAAAAUGAUGUUUCUUCCAGCUUCGCUGUAAGCAAUGUGGAUAGAAAGGAUGAUUACGAAUCAUGCCGUUCAAUAAUGCUUAUUUUUAAUGGGAUGUAUUUCCGUGGAUCGUGGAAGAAACCUUUCGACACAAUUGAACCUGGUUUGUUCUACAAGUCUUCAAUAGAAAAGAAACAAAUUCCCAUGUUGAAGACUCGUGGGAAGUUUAUGACAGGAUCGUUGCCAGAACUUGAUAGUGAAGCGUUAGUGAUACCUUAUGAUGGUGGAAGAUAUGCUUUGAUGAUAUUGAAGCCUAGAAGUCGAGAUGGUCUAACCCGGCUCGUUGCUGAUUUGCCCUCAGUUACGAUUUCUGAUAUUAAAGAAAGUCUAACUGAAGAGGAACUGCAAGUAUCAUUACCAUCUUUCUACGCAGCCACCGUUACAAAAUCUGUGCCUGCUCUGGCUAAGAUUGGUGUAAGCCGUAUUUUCGGACGUGAAGCAGAAUUAACUGGAAUGUCAGAUCACGGCAUCUUCGUUCGAGAUCUCGUUCAGAAUGUUGUAGUAAGAGUUGAUAAUGCCCCUUCUGCAUCAUUACUUGGAGCAAGCAACACAUUGGAAUCAUUGAAGAACCUCCCACUGGUUGAGGAAAAUGCACCUCGUCUCUUCGCUGUGGAACAUCCAUUCAUUUUCUACGUCAUUGACACUUUGGACAAUCUUAUAUUGAUUACUGGAAGAGUUGCUAAUCCAAAUACAGUGACUAAUGAAGAGAAAAGCCUAGGCUUAGCUUAGUAUACUUUUAAACUGCUGCAUAAUUUCAUAUGUAGAAAAAGCAACAUUCCGAUAGUCAUAAAAUAUAAUAGUUUUUUUGUAAGUUGAAUGCAUAUCGUAGAAUCGUAUAACAUAAUUUGAUGAAACAUAAUUAAAUGAAUUAAAUAGCUAUAUAAGUUAGGUGUAUAGUCAGAUGUACUGAUCAUAUCCGAAUCAAUCGAAUUGUUAAAACAUUUUACACAUGGCCCCUAGGUUGCGAUUGUGUUAAAUAACCAGAAGCAUUUGAUAUUGAAAAAAGUACACAGCUUAGUAUAAGUUAAAUUAUUUUUAGAGGAUAUUGUGAUAUGUUUAAGAUUAAAUUAUUAUUUAUUUUCUAA